AUGAUGUCUGGCAAGGGUGGAGAUGUACUUGACAUGGAAAAGGUCCUCCAGUCGAGAACUGUGAAGUUCAUCGUGGGCUGCAAUGAAAAAGAGUUCAGCGUUCACGAAUUCAGUUUCUGUUCCAUCUCCCCUGCUCUACGCGCCCUGCUUACUGGGGGAAUGAAAGAGUCUGUUGAGGGCAAAGUUGUUUGGGACGACGUUGAGCCUGCCACCUUCACCGACAACAAAGUCGAUUCUUUGAAGUCGUACCUGCAAAGCGAUGCGUACCAAGGCGCCCAGCACCAAUUCAGCAAGAAAUGCUCUACCCAACCUCUUGAACCCGAGAUUGGCCAAGGUAGCCACCCGAAAAACGGAGCUGCCUAUCUAAGAUCGGACUGGCUUGAAGACCUUGAGUUUUCGAAAACCGGUAUUGCAGAUGUAUUCAUGUCACAAGCCAAACUCUACAUUCUCGCGGACAAGUACGGCAUUGAGGGACUGCGGAGUCUCUGUCUCCACCGACUACAGCAAAGUCUGCUUCACUGUCUUGGAACCAGCGAGUUUGAGAACCUUCUUCUCGACGUUAUAGAAUUCGUUUUCUCAAAAACCAGGCCUUAG